CGUCCUGCAUGGAGCAGCUCGACAAUGGCGGUGAAAACGCGGACGACGACGACAGCGCGGACGACGGAUCGAGGCCGGUAACCGAGCGGGCAGUGAGUGGUCGAGUGAAGUGGCGCCCUGGCGCUCCGCGCUGUCGGACGGACGGACCGCCGAUCCGGCGCCUUAGAGCUAGACCCACCGCCACCCGCCUUAUCCUCCCCUUCCGUUUCCCUCCCUCUCUCUCCCUCUCCCUGCGUCCACGGCCUGCGCCUUGGCCUCUUGCCAUUUACUAUUUAGGCGCCGUGUAGGUGGCCGGCCAGUACGAUCAAUCCAUCGAGCGCCAUUGCCCUGCCUGCCUGCCAACCCCGUCGUGUGGGUAGGUCCGUACGCGCUUCGUGGACGGCUGCGGCAGCGAGUGGAGUGAGUGGAGAGUGAAGAGAGACCUCUGCUCUGCUCUGUGAGGCUGAGGCAUGGCCGGGCUGCGGCUUCUUGUCGGGGCGCUUUGGCUGCUGGCGGUGCUGCGGGAGGGCGCGGCGGCGGAGGCGGGGGCCGUCGCCGUGGACGGGCGGCGCGCCAUUGCGGCCACGGGCGAGGACUUCGUCUGCGCCACCCUCGACUGGUGGCCGCCGGACAAGUGCGACUACGGCACCUGCAGCUGGGGCAACGCAUCCCUCCUCAACCUGGAUCUCUCCAACAAAAUCCUGCUCAAUGCCAUCAAAGCCUUCUCGCCGCUGGUGCUCCGGCUGGGCGGCUCGCUGCAGGACAAGGUGGUGUACGGCACGGCGGACCGGCCGGGGCCGUGCGCGCCGUUCAACAAGAGCAAGUCGGAGAUGUUCGGCUUCACCCAGGGCUGCCUGCCCAUGCCCCGCUGGGACGACCUCAACGCCUUCUUCGAGAAAUCUGGGGCGAAGAUCGUGUUUGGCCUGAACGCGCUCAACGGCCGGGUGCCACUGCAGGGCGGGGCCAUGGGAGGCAACUGGGACACCACGAACGCGGCGUCCUUCAUCCGGUACACCGCCGGCAAGGGCUACAAAAUCUAUGGCUGGGAGCUCGGGAAUGAGCUCAGCGGCACCGGCGUCGGGACCAAGGUGGGCGUGGCUCAGUACGUCAAGGACGCGAUCGCCCUCAAGACGACGGUGGACACCAUCUACCGGGGCAGCCCGGAGAAGCCGCUGGUGCUCGCGCCCGGCGGCUUCUUCGACCCGCGCUGGUACGGCGAGUUCAUCGCCAAGACCAAGCCCGGCAUGCUCAACGUGGUGACCCACCACAUCUACAACCUAGGGGCGGGGGUGGACAGGGACACACAGCUGAUGGACAGGAUACUCAACCCGAAGACGCUCGACGGCAUGGCGGGCCCGUUCAGGGAUCUCCAGGGGCUGCUGAAAGCCGCAGGGACGUCGGCCGUCGCCUGGGUCGGGGAGUCUGGAGGAGCUUACAACAGUGGGCAUCACCUUGUCACCGACGCAUUUGUGUUCAGCUUCUGGUUCCUGGAUCAGCUCGGCAUGUCGGCGAAAUUCGACACCAAGAGCUACUGCAGGCAGAGCUUCAUCGGCGGCAACUACGGCCUGCUGAACACAACCACCUUCCAGCCAAAUCCUGACUACUACAGUGCUCUGCUGUGGCAUCGCCUGAUGGGAACCAAGGUGCUGGAAGCCAAGUUCACGGGCACCAACAUGGUCCGCGCCUACGCGCAUUGCGCAAAGCAUGCUCCGGGGAUAACCCUGCUGCUCAUCAACCUGCACGUCAACGCGACGAACCACGUCUCGGUGGCGGGCCGCGGCGCACACGCCGGAAGGAAGCACGGGGGGAGGUUUGCUCAGCCGCCCGGGGCGGCGAGGGAGGAGUACCACCUCACGCCCGAGGGCGGCAACAUCCAGAGCCAGGUGAUGCUGCUGAACGGCAGGGCGCUGGCCGCCGGCGCCGACGGGAGCAUCCCCGGGAUGGAGCCUGUCAAGGUGGACGCGGCGCGGCCCAUCGCCGUGGCGCCCCGGUCCAUCGUGUUCGUCCACAUGCCGGAUUACCAUGCCCCUGCGUGUGCUUAGUUAGGGCUUUUUGGUGUUCUUGUUGGUAUAGGUAGUGGUGAUAAAAGGGUGGCUUGCUAAGCAUGUCCAUCCUAGCUAGGGUAGUUAUAAGAUGGCUGAAGAGAGUGUGUGGCUUUGUGUGAUUAGAUGUAAUAAGUUUGGAGGGAAAAUUGAAUUAGUGAAACAAGAGGCAAUGGGAAUAAACUCUUUCCUGGUU